AUGAAGUUCUCUCACAGCAUCCAAUUCAACGCUGUUCCAGACUGGAGCAGUCACUACAUUGCCUACAGUAAUCUCAAGAAGCUCAUAUAUAACCUCGAGAAGAACGCUGCCCAGGCCCGCUCUGGUGACCACGAAUCGCGACCCCUCAUAUCCACAGACGAACCCGAAGAUGUAUUCUCCAGGGCGCUAGGCAUAGAAUUAGAGAAGAUUUGUUCAUUCUACGUCGCCAAGGAGGGCGAACUGCACGACGAGGUCUCUCAACUCUUGCGUGAUGUCGCUGAGCAGCCAGCGCUAGAAUCAUCCGCAACCUUCCGUCGUCGAUCCAACGACACGAACCGCCCCGACCGUGUUGGUUACCAUGCCCGCGUGGCGAGCGUUACCGACCAAACAUCCGACGAUGAUGGCGGUGACGAGACGGCGAGCGAAGAAGAAGAUGAAAGCGCCGCCCUCACCCACGCCAGGGGCCAAGGCCGUCGCAGCACCGUGCCCAAUUUUGCGCCGCCCCCUAUCAAGUCGGGUCCGUCGUCCGAUCUCGGUCGCGCUCCGUCUACGCGCCGACACAGCACCACAUUUGACGAUUAUGGCGAAACGAGCACCGUCUUUGCCUCCGCACUAUUCCCAUCGGCCAUCAUGCUCAAAAAACGCAUCAUUGGACUCUAUGUGUCUCUCUGCGAGCUCAAAUCGUAUGUGCAACUGAACCGCACCGGUUUCAGCAAAGUCCUCAAAAAAUUCGACAAGAUCAUGGACAAGGAGCUUCGCAAUACCUACAUCAAGUCUAACGUGGACACGGCGUACCCUUUCAAUGACGAAACUAAGAAGCACAUUGAAGACUACAUUGCCGAGAUGGAGUCCGCCUACUCCACUGUCGUGACCGGCGGCGACGAUGCCAUGGCCAAAAAGGAACUCCGCUCACAUCUCCGCGAGCAUGUUGUUUGGGAGCGCAACACUGUCUGGCGUGACCUUAUCGGUAUUGAACGCAGAGGAGAGGCCGCCCGACUUGGCUCGCUGCUCCUCGGCCCCGACUCCAACCAGGCUAAACGACUACAAGGAGAUGACGACAAGACGAUACCAACGACCAAUAUCGCCACACCGUUUGGGCGGCUGGUGCUACCUGUUUGGAUGGUCAACUCAUCCAUGCUCAUGCUUCUGCUGUCCACAGCCGUCUUUGUAACGUUGCUCUUCCUCCCCAUCAUGAAGCAUCCGGAGCAACAAAACUGCCUCGCCAUGCUGGUUUAUGUGAGCUUGCUGUGGGCAACAGAGACGCUUCCGCUCUUCGCCACAGCGCUUUUGAUCCCUUUUCUCUCUGUCAUUCUUCGAGUCGUUCGUGAUGAGCAAGGCGACCACCACCGCCGCCUCAAUGCCAAGGAUGCAACGGCGGCCAUCUUUGCCUCAAUGUGGAGUCCAGUCAUCAUGCUCCUGCUCGGCGGCUUCACCGUUGCCGCUGCACUGUCUAAAUGCACUAUUGAUAAGAAACUGGCCACUCUGGUUCUUAGCAAAGCUGGCACUAAUCCACACGUCGUGUUGAUAGCCAAUAUGCUCGUUGCUGCCUUCGCUUCCAUGCUCAUUAGCAAUGUCGCCGCCCCAGUACUGUGUUAUUCUCUCAUCGAUCCCAUGCUACGCACGCUGCCCUCUGACUCACCCAUGUCGAAGGCUGUUAUCAUGGGUAUCGCAUUGGCGUCCAACAUUGGUGGCAUGCUCUCGCCCAUUGCGUCGCCACAAAAUGUGGUCGCAAUGGGUAUCAUGCAGCCAGCACCGACUUGGCUGCAAUGGUUCUUCAUUGUCAUUCCUGUCGGCACCGUCUCUAUUGUUGCCAUUUGGACGUUGCUCCUAGUCACAUUCAAGACUAGUCAAGGCACAUCCAUCCAACCUGUACGACCUCUCAGGGAGAAGUUUACCGCUGUCCAAUGGUUUGUAACUAUUGUGACCCUCAUUACCAUCGCCCUUUGGUGUGCAAGCCAUCAAAUGGAGGAUAUUUUUGGGGAUAUGGGGGUCAUCGCUAUUAUACCGAUUGUGAUCUUCUUUGGCAUGGGUAUUCUCACAAAGGAGGACUUCAACAACUUUCCCUGGACAAUUAUCAUUCUCGCCGCUGGCGGCUUGUCCUUAGGGAAGGCUGUCCGCUCCUCUGGUCUCCUUCACACCUUGGCCGAGGUUGUGUCCGACGAGGUUCAGGGUAUGGGUGUUUACGGCGUUCUUGUCGUCUUUUCAUCUCUGAUUCUAGUUAUUGCGACUUUCAUCAGCCAUACAGUUGCAGCUCUCAUCUUCCUCCCGUUGGUCUACGACGUCGGUGUAGCCAUGGACCAGCCUCAUCCCAACCUAUUGGUCAUGGCUGGUGUGCUGAUGUGUAGUGCUGCCAUGGGUCUGCCAACCAGUGGGUUUCCUAAUAUGACCGCUAUCAUGAAGGAGGAUGCUACAGGUCAACGUUACCUCCAAGUGAAGCACUUCAUCAGCCGCGGUAUUCCCAGUAGUAUUCUCACUCUCGCCGUCGUGGUGACUUUGGGCUACGGCAUCAUGCAAGCUGCCGCUCUAGAUUGA